UGGAAAUUUGAUGCUCAAGAUGAAGAAAGAAAUACAAUUUAAUUGUGAUAAAUGCAGCUUGACAUUUAUAUGCAGCUAUUUAAGCCUAAUAAUUUCACUUGAACAUCAUUAGAAAUGGCUCAAGGGCUUCCUCUUCAUGAUGAAGAGAAAUUCUCUUAUGUCAAUCAAGACUCCUAUCAAGAAGGCUGUGGGAAAUUGGAAUCCUUGAAGACUCCUCUUUAUAAUUGGCUGCAUCUUAUUGGAAUUAACCUGCUAAGCCUAGGGCUUGACUUAUGUGCUAGUGGAGGGUUCACCUACAUCCCACCUCUUAUGCUGAAGAAUGGAUUCUCUGAGAGAUGGAUGACAUUUACAUUAGGUGUUGGUCCAUUUAUAUCAUUGUCUUUAGUACCAUUCAUAGGAAAACAGAGUGACCAUUGUCAGAGUAGAUGGGGCCGUCGACGGCCCUUUAUUCUUGCACUUAGUGUGAUGAUGCUUCUUUCUUUAAUAUUUAUUCCUUUCUGUCACGAACUGAGUAUGUACACCUUUCCUGGAGUUAGUUGGGCAGCUGCAGCCUUCCUUGCUGUUGGAGUGGUUCUCUUGGACUUCACCAGCCAAGCCCUCAUGAAUCCAUGUAGAGUGUUAGUAUUAGAUAUUUUAUCUUUAUCUGGAGACCAGAAUCUUGGCUGUACUGUUUAUUCUUGUAUGCUAAAUAUUGGGGGUUGCAUAGGAUAUUUUAUCACUACUCUGAACUGGGGGUCAACACAACUGGGACUAGUGAUGGGAAGCCAAGAAAAAGCUGUUUUCAGUUUAAUGACGGUCUUGUUUUUUGUGUUUCUAAUUAUAAAUUUAACUUUAGCAAAGGAGGUACCAUAUUGUCCAAUCAACAGGGAUCUAGAUGUUUCUGAAAAAUAUAAAUCUUACCCUGUAAUUAUUGAAACUGAAACGAUAAAAAAAAAUGCUGCUAUACAAAUCAUGGAAAAGACUGCUAAACUCCACCAAUGUGAUCAGGAUUUGAAUUCUCCACAUCACAAUUGCAUGACAAAUGGUAAAGUUCAUCAAUCUAGGCCAGCAUGUUUAGAAAAAGUCACAUUCUUCUGUAAGAUUUCAUUGUACAGAAUAAGUCGAGUCAUACUUCUCUGUUGUAUAAAAUUAACUCAAGCUUUAUCCUUGUGUUUAGUAGUGUUUUAUCAUAUUGGCCGGUUGAUAGGCCUUCCACUGCAGCUGCUUCUGUCACCCUUUUUCCAACUGAAGGGAUAUCUUCAGAUGCCAAGUUCACUAUUUCACCUUUUCCUUGUCAGUUUGAUUGGCUGGAUGGGGAUCAUGUGUCACGAUAUGUUCUAUACUGACUUUGUUGGCCAG